GCUGACGUCUUUCCUCUCUAUCACACAUCAGACUUUUCCCAGUGGAGCUGGAGAACAGGCUUCAAUGAAAACUGCCUGUUUACAGCUAUAUGGAGAUUGCAGGCACCACAAUUACUAUUUCCACUCCCUGACCUGGAGCAGCAACUCCAUCAGCAGGCUAGAAAGGUAGCCUUGUUGCCUAGCAAAGGUGGGAUGAUUUAUCUGUGUGUCUAGAUUGGUCCCUUUUCUUUGCUGCACAAGAGAAAUGCUUUCAGACUUCCAAAGAGAAUGAAGCCAGGCUAGGAAUCGGAGUGGAUCUGGGAGAGCUGCUCUCCCAGGGAGUAGAAAGAGCCACAGGGUCUCUGUGCUUUCUGUUCCUGUGCAGCGCAGGACAAUGGUUUUGUCUGCUCCAGUUAUAGCCCUGGGGGCUACCUUAGGGACUGCAACUAGCAUCCUUGCCCUCUGCGGUCUCACCUGCUUCUGCAAAUGCAAGCAACCUGGGAAAGGACUCUCAGAAAAGGACCAAGAGGAGGAGACGGAAAACACUAAGCCCAGUGUGCUUCAGCCAGUCCAGCAAUUCAAUGUUAAGAAAACUGCAGAGCCAGUCCAGCCUCGAGCACUUCUGAAGUUUCCCAACAUUUAUGGCCCCAAACCAGAAGUAACUUCACCUGAAAUUGUUAACUACACACAGUACUCUCUGAAGACAACAGAAGAACCAGCUACUGGAAAACACACUGCUUUGGAUGAGAAUAGGAUGAAAAUACAAGUCAAUGAAGAGCUGUUUGUUCUCCCUCAAAAUGGUGUGGUGAAGGACGUGUGUGUGACGGAGCAGCUGAAGCCUGAGCGGGAGGGCAGCAGCAGGCAGGCCCCCGAGCUGCACUACUCGCUGCUGUACGAGCCGCAGUGCGCCGAGCUGCGCGUGGGCCUGCUGCAAGCUAUGCAUGGCAGAAUGAACGGGGACCAGGAUGCUGGCUGCCAUUGCUACGUACUGGGCACACUGGAGAGCAAGUCUGGUAUUGCUGAGGCCCAGACAGAGCUGAAGAAGAAGGUACUUCACACCCUUUGGGAGGAGGUGCUGAGAUUCCCAUUAACAGAGGAGGAGAUGCCAGGAGGGACACUGACUCUCACCCUGAGAAACUGCGACAAGUUCUCCAGGCACAGCAUUGUAGGGGAACUCAAACUGAACCUUGCUGAAAUGGAGGAGUCCUUUGGGAAGGCCCAGUGGGAAAGGCUAAAGAUCCCAGAGAAGGAGCCAUCCACAGGCCAUGGUGAGGUUCUGCUCUCUAUUAGCUACCUGCCAGCAGCUAAUCGCCUGCUGGUGGUGAUCAUUAAGGCUAAAAACCUCCAUUCCAAGCAGCUGAAAGAUCUACUGGGCAGUGAUGUUUCUGUCAAGGUGACACUGAGGCAUCAGUCACUGAAGCUGAAGAAGAAGCAGACCAAACGUGCAAAGCACAAGAUCAACCCUGUGUGGAAUGAGAUGAUCAUGUUUGAGGUGCCGCAUGAGCUCCUGCGUGCCUCCAGCGUGGAGCUGGAAAUGCUGAGCCAGGAUGGAGCUGGCCAGAGCCAUGUGCUUGGCAAGUGCAGUCUGGGCUUGCAUGUCACAGGCACAGAGAGGAACCACUGGGAAGAAAUGCUGAGGAACCCCAGGAAACAGAUAGCCAUGUGGCAUCAACUCCACAUGUAGGAUCAUCAUGAUUACUGCAAGAUUCCUCCCAGGCCUCAGAGCUGGGAAAUGAGAUGGAGUUCACCUUCCACCUUCACCUUCAUGAAACUAUUCAGCACAGCACUCUUAUUACACCACCUUUCUCUGAUCUUCCUGCCUAUUCUAGCCAGGCAGGAAACUGUCUGGAAAAUGUAUUUUAAGGACAAUCUCUCACCUAAUCAAGUCAUUAUCUCAAAAAAUGGAUUGGCUGCUUGGAUGGUUUGAAUUCAUUUUAUCUGCCUGCCCACUGUCUUUUCUGAGAGGUCACUGUUUCUAUAGAAGAGCAGAGGGGAGCAAAGAAGAACAAAGUUGUCAUAGAAAUGUAAGCCCUUCAUUGGCAUCUAGUGCUGUCACCCAGGUCCCUUGAUGAGUGUUGGCUCCAUAAACAUAGACAUGCAACUGUUCUAUCAAUCACUGCUUUUCAUAAUACUCUACAAGACUGAGAAAUGAAGAUCAGAGAAAUGACUGUCAUGGCAGGCACAAAGAAUCAGCAUGAAAAAGAGAGUGAAGCCAAAGUGCAGUAAAUGGAUACCUACAAAAAGAUACAGAAUGAAGGGAGAAAAGAGAGGAAGAAGAAAUGGAAUGACAGUCAACACCCUCAUCCUGUGCAGCCUUUGAAGCACACACUGCCGAGCAAGAAGUCAAACACCUUCCUUUACUUUUGUUUCCUGGAGAGUUUGAUACUUGUAUUCAGGAUUCAUGAAAACUGCUGAAAAUAUGAAUGUUUUGGGACCCUUUAGCAGAUUACCUGUAUCGUUAACUUUCUAUGGUGUCAUCCAGGAAGAUCCUAAGUAUGGACAAAAAGUUAUUGUAGGGGUUACCUCCAAAAAACUUGGACCAAAUCUUUCUGUUUACUGCCAUCUUUUCUGUUUGGGUUUUCCCCAAGUUUCAAAUAUGCUAAUUAUAUUCCAGGCAGCAUCUAAAAUUAGGCAAAAGAAGUGGGAUCAUUCCAUACCUUAGCAGCUGAUAAAUGGUUUUGGUUUGACAGUUAACUAUUGCACUCAAAUCCUCAUACCAGCAUUACUUACUCAAAGACAACCCUUAUUAGCUGCCAUGUAUUUCAUCACAUCCAGGCACAAGGAAUUCACCAACCAGACUCUCCGGGGCUUGUUUUUCAUGCGCGCUUUCAAGAUUUGAUGUGGUUUAAAUGUGACUUUUGACUGGGUUUUUUUUUUUUGUGUCUCUAGACUGACUGAAAGUCUGGCAUUGGCAGUGAUGAUGUCAUGACCCUGUAAGCACAGUGCUUGUCCUACUACUUUUUUUCAAGUAGUAGACAACUUGACAAGUAGACACAACUGUGGGGACAAGGCAUCCAAAAAUUUGGAAACAGAACCAUAUAAUUUGUAGCCCUGAAAAUCUCAGAGAGCUUCAUAUUUGCAGGGACAGACUGCCCCUUAUUUAAAUCAAAAUAUUAAGCUAAGCUUUAACUAGUGUCCAUCCCAUUCUGAUGGUGCAGUCAAAUAAGUCUAGCAGCUGGUCAAGGGAAUGCUGCCAUCCUGUUGGCAAAGGGAAAACACCAGAACCAGUGUCUGAAAACUGGCUGAAGCACCAGAUACAACUGGUUAUGAGCAGGGAAAUGAAGUUCAGCUGGAAGUCAGUAACUAGUGGUGACUGGGGCUGGUUGUGAGACUGAGAGAGUUUAGCACCUUCACAAAUGACCUAGACAAUGCAGAGCAUGGCCUCAGCAGGGUUGCAGAUGAUGCAAAACUAGGAGUAAUGAUUGACGCACAAAGCAGUUGUGCUGAUAUUCGGAGGGAUGCUGAGAGAAAUGCUGGAGGAAUGAGCUAACAGGAAUCUCCUGAAAUUCAACAAGAAGUGGCAAGUCCUGCACCUGAGGAAGAGCAACCCCUUGCAGUGCAGGGGUAAAGGCUGGAUGGUUAUCUGUAAAGGGGAAAGGGUCCUUUCCAGAAAAGGACCUGGGUGUCCUAGUGGGCACCAAGUUGAACAUGAGCCAGCAGUGUGGUCUUGCAGCAGAGAAGGACAACAGUGCUUUAUGCUGUGUUAGGCAAUGCCAGCAGGACAAAGGAGGGUGAUUCUUCCUUUCAAGUCGGCACCAGUGAGGGCAUUUCUGGAGUGCUGUGUCUGUUGCUGGACUCCCCAGUACAAGAAAUGGAGUUUCUGGAAAGAGCGCACCAAAUCGCCAUGAAGACGUUUAAUGGACUGGAACAUCUUCUGUAAGGGGAAAGGCUGAGAGAGCUGGAACUGUUUAGGUCAAUGUGUACAGAUACCUGACCUGGGAGAGAACAGAGGAAGAAGGAGACUCUUCACAGGUGUCCAGUGACAGGACAAGAGGCCAGGUCACAAGUUGCAAUGUGGAGAAUUCCACUUGAACACAUGAAAAAUACCUAGAAUAAAACCUCUUCUUUUACUGUGAAUAUAAUCCAAUACUGGAGCAAGUUGGCAGGAAAGGUUGUUGGGAUUCCCCAUGCUUGGAGACAGUGAAAAUCUGAUGUGAUACAGUGUGAACAACCUGCUCUAGUUUAUCCCAAUUUGAGCAGGGGUGAGUUUGGACAAUACGAUCCCCAGAGGCCCUUUAUAUCCUCAGCGAUGCUAUGAUUCCAUGAAGGAACUGACAAGGCUGAUGCUCACUGAGAACUGUUAUCUUCACACUACUAUUUCUUUUGUGGGUGGUGUAGUCAGGAGUUACAGGAUCAUUUUGAAGAAAGCAAUAAAAUCAACUUUGAGCAACCAAACAGACAGAAAAGCUAAGCAUGCCUAUGAAUCUUACACCCAAUAUUUUAAUCUCUGAUAUUGAUCUAUUGGCUAGAGGGCAUGUAAAUGAAAAGAAAAUUGGUUUCUUGUUUUGCUCUGUGGGGUUUUGUUUACUAACAAAAAGCUGUAGGAUACUGUGAGUAAACUGGACACAGGGAUCUACUUGAUAGUGAAUUCUUAAUGCUUACUGUGAUCCUGAUUUGCCUGUAGAUAUAUCUGUAGGUUUGGAAUAAUCAUUUCCAUAUAAGUGCAGAAUUUAUUGGAAUAUUGGUCUAAUCCACAUAUAGGUUCUAGGCAGCACUGUGGUUUUUUGGGGGGAUAAUGAUAACUUCAUGGUAUGAUGCUAUUUGGCUGGCAAUGGAAAGCCUGAAGGGCCAAAUAUUUGCCUUGCUGCCAGCUCCUCUAGCUCUUCAUCCUGCUUAUCUCACUGAGCCUUUUAUAACAUCUUGAUGACUGAUUGUAAACAGCAUUAUCUGCCUGUGCCCUGGUGAUUCUGGCACACCCUAUAAUAGAUUUCAGUCCCACGGCACUUAUAAGCACAAAUCCUCAGAAUCUGACUUAGCUCUGGCACAACAAUGUCCUCUUUUACAGCAGACAAAUAGUAUCCACACCACUUAACCACAAAUCUGUCUUAAGGAGCAAAGUGGUGCCAUCAGUGUUAACGAACGGCAUUGUUUCCUCCUUUGCUGCAGUGGGGUUUAAUGGGAAAGAAAGAAAGAGUGAAAAUGCAUACAUCUUCUCCGGAUGGAUCAUUCUUGUUGCCUGGCAUUUUAGCCUGCAAAGAAUGCUCCUCGCCAUCAACAAAGGCUGCCAGGUGUCCCAGGGAGGAGGCGGCCGCUGGCCGGGGCUGACAGCGGGCACGUAACGGGACAAGGAAUGCUGUGUCCAAGGAAUGCUGUGUACGUGUGGUACCCGAGGGGCAGGGACGCCCAGGCGGCUCUGAACUCUUCGAGCAGGAGUUGUGUGUCAUCGCAUUCCAGUGUCUGCCCUCAUCCCUGCGAACAGCAGCAGUACCUGCGUGUCCCUGAGCCCCGGCCCUCCAAGGGGCUGGUGAUGGACUGUGCCAGCAGACAAACGGCUGGGAAUGGUUGGGGUAGCUGACAACGUCAGCCGAAGUAUUCGGAAAUGCCAGCUUGGGCUGUCAAAGCAUCGCUGAAGUGCAAUAAGGACAGAGACAGACACGCCCUCGGUUUUCAGCUCCUGAAGCUGAAAAUGCGGGAGCAUCAGCAGGCGCCACUGUGUAUUAAUUUAAAGGAUGGUGCUUAUAAAUUGCAUCAUAAGAGAAGACGAAAAAAACCCAACAAAACAACAAACAAAACCCAGUCGUGGCAAUUAAUGUUCCUAAGAUAUACGUGUGACCAAAAGCAGCCACAAGGGUCCCCAGUGGCUAGUUAGUGGCUGGACUGAUUAUUUUGCCUGCUAUAAUCAUUAACUUGAAGAAGCUGGAAAGCCAAGAGACUGUAGGGAAUAAGGAAAGAGAAGGGAAAAAAAAGAAGAAAAAGAUGGUGUCAGGCAGUCUACCUGGUCAGAAUUAAUUAUCCUUUUCACUAAAGGUCAGAAUUGUGAGUUUAAGGACAGGGAUUCACAGUCCCUCAUCCAGUGACAAAGCCCAAACAACCAGAUUACUAUAAAACAGCCUGAGAAAUGCAGCUCCCGUAUAUUACCCAGCUUUGCCUGGGAAAGGUGGUCUCCUGAGGUGGCCUCUGCUCAGAGGAGGGGGCUGAGAGGCCGGAGAAAAUGACUUGUGACUACAUUGAGCUCCUUUGUUAAAAUAUAGACUGCAGCCAUCUGUCGUUUUGCCUCAACCUGCCCUCAGAACUAGAUCUUCCUCCCCCAAAAUGAUCUAGUUUGAUUUUAAGCAAUUUGUCCUACAGUGUAAGGAUUAAUAAGCACAAAUCAUCAAUAGUCACUAAAAUAACUGAGAUGUUUUAGACCUCAUUACUACCCUCAGCAUCCUUCCCCAAUUGUAAGGGGAGUGGUUACAGCUGGUACCUCCUAAGGGUAACAUUUUUUCAGUGCAGGGUUUUCCCCUCAAUUAUUGUCCCAAAUAUCCUUGCAUAGUUAUAAGUAACGUGUUUGCUUUGCAAAGAGGUAAUACAUCAGAAAGUAAUGGAAAAUUCCCUUCAACAGGACUGGGAAAAUUUUCAGUCUCAACUAUUCUCACAGGUAUGAUGAGCUUUCAACACCUCUAACAGCUGUACCUUGUAUUUUGCUAGCAUCUGUCAUCAGUAUUAUCUGGCAGUAGCGUUCAAAACCACUCUCUUUUUCACCAGAAUGAAUUAGGUCAUUUGGGCUCUAGAAUUACAGUCCAAGGUUUGCCCAAAUUUUCUUGAUGUCUAAGAUGAGUUGACUACAAUGACAUUUAACAAGAACUGGAAACUAAAGUGGCUUGGACUGUGCUUCUUGCACUCUUUUCAAGGUCAGUUUGAAGUCUGAAUUAAAGGACAGAGCUUUGACAGCAUUUUUAUGUGUUUCAGAAUUUAACUAGGUAUUAAAAUGUAUUUAGUUAAUUUGUUGAAAGAUAAGCAUGAUGAGCAAAUAGUAACACUCGACAUUUAAUAUUAUUUCUUCUGUUUUCAAUAUGCACAAGAAAAGUAGCAAAGUGAAAUAGUGAUUUGUGGCCUUCCAGCAUGAGGGGGCUUUUCUGCUUACUUGGUCCUUUAGUGUCCCAAUGUGUUUACUGUACAGAGCCAGAUAUUGUUUGUCAAGACUCUAUAUUGUUCUCACAAUCCAACGCACACAAACAGAGCAUGAUGCUCAGCCAUUGUGUCUAAUAUUACAGCACAACAUGUAAAACACUGCAAGUAAAUAAUUCCAAGCUGUA